AUGAAUUGGCUGUUUUUGGUCUCCUUGAUUUUCUUCUGUGGCGUGUCCUCACACUCUGCCCUGGCAAUGUCCACCGGCAAACUGCUAAAGCUGGCAAACAAGUCUCCGAAAAGAAUCAUCCCUUUGAAGGACUCAAGCUUCGAAAGCAUCCUGACGCCCCCCCACGAAAACGCGUACAUAGUCGCCCUCUUCACCGCCACAGCGCCCGAGGUCGGCUGUUCCCUGUGUCUCGAAUUGGAGUCUGAAUACGACACCAUCGUGGCAUCGUGGUUCGAUGACCAUCCAGAAGGCAAAUCCGCCCAUUCCAACACAUCCAUCUUCUUUACCAAGGUCAAUUUGGAGGACCCCGCCAAGACCAUCCCAAAGGCUUUCCAAUUCUUCCAACUGAACAACGUCCCCAGACUGUUCGUCUUCCAGCCAAACUCCCCCUCCAUCUCCGAUUACAGCAUCAUCAAUCUCUCCACUGACGCCGGGGCGGAAAGAAUGAAGCAGGUCAUCCAAGGUAUCAAACAGCUUUCCCAGGUCAACGACUUCUCCUUGCACUUACCCAUGGACUGGACCCCCAUCGUCACCUCCACCAUCAUCACUUUCAUUGUCGUUCUGCUCUUGAAAAAGCAGUCCAAACUGAUGAUCUCCAUCUUCUCUUCCAGACUCAUCUGGGCUGCCCUGUCCACCUUCUUCAUCAUCUGCAUGAUCAGUGCCCACAUGUUCAACCAGAUCAGAAAUACGCAGCUGGCAGGCGUCGGCCCAAAGGGCGAAGUAAUGUACUUCUUGCCCAAUGAGUUCCAACACCAAUUCGCCAUUGAGACUCAAGUCAUGGUUCUCAUCUACGGUAUGUUGGCCUCAUUGGUCGUUACCUUGGUCACGGGCAUUCCAUUCUUGCGCUCUCAUCUGUAUCCAAACGCGAAGAAAGCAUACUUCAUUGACGCUGCCUUGGCCACCUUUUGUGCCUUAUUCAUUUACAUCUUCUUUGCUGCUUUGACCACUGUCUUCUCGAUAAAGAGUCCAGCAUACCCUUUCCCACUAUUAAGGCUAUCCGCUCCAUUCAAAUAG